CAAGCUUUAUUAUUUCCCCUUUCGGCGAGCACCCUGGCGACGAUCAAAAUGACAUAAUCCAUGACUCAGCCAAUUUACGGACGCGUGAUUUAAGGUUGCUGCUGCGCGUGACACCCGCGGCCACCGCCCGCCGCGACGCGUCUUCCUUUCGACCACCGCAGACUUUUGUUUUGUACACAAUUAACCUCGCCACCUGCUCGAACCCACAACACAGCGCGUGGAAUCAUCCAACUCCAAGCAAGUAUACAACGAGCAACAAGUUGACCGAGAUGACUUCAGAAGUACCCCUCUCCGCCGGCCGUCUGCGCGAGAUUAUCCGCACAAACUCGACCGAGCUCGCGCCGGUCGUCGUGCAGGUCCUGCAAGUCAAGACCAUCGGCGGCGACAACGGCACGCCGCGGCGGUUACGGGUUAUUGUUUCUGACGGCGAGAAUUACAUGCAAGUCAUGUUCCAGACGCACUUGUCUGAAAAGCUCGAGCAGCAGCCGCUCGAGAGAGGGAGCAUCAUUGCCAUCACGAGUUAUGUCAUCAGCAGUCUUGCCUCUAAGCAGCGAUCACUGAUCAUUGUCAGCGAUCUCGAUGUGCUGACGCAGUACGGCCUUCGUGAGAAACUUGGCUCGCCCGGCGCUCUCGCGCCAGAUGUUGCUGACGGCAACUCCGCGGGCCAAGCUACCGGCGGCACUACUUUCUACGGCGAGACAAGGAAUUCCCCUGCCGCCCCUGCUGCCCCUGUUUCUGCACCAGCUCCUUCAAAGAAACCCGACGUGAGCAACGCGCCUCUGUCGAAGCCCGUGAACACGAUCGACGAACUGUCGCCCUACCAAAACAAAUGGAUGAUCAAGGCGCGCGUGACGGCCAAGUCCGCGAUCCGCGAGUACCACAACGCGCGCGGGGCAGGCAAGCUCUUCAACGUGAACUUUCUUGACGAGAAGGGCGAGAUCCGCGCGACGGGGUUCAACAAGGCGGUCGAUAACUUUUACGACCUGCUCGUCGUCGGCCAGGUGUACUACGUGUCUGGGUGCCGGGUGACGAUGGCGAAGAAGCAGUUUUCAAACCUGGCGAACGAGUACGAGCUCAUGUUUGAGGACUCGUCUGUGAUCGAGCUGUGCGCGGACGCGGGCAGCGCGGCGAUUCCGCAGGUGCGGUUCAACUUUGUCGAGUCGCUCGGGAAGGUAGCUGCGGUGGAUAAGGACUCGAUCGUGGACGUUGUCGCGGUCGUCAAGGAGAUCCGCGACGCGCAGCAGAUUGUGGCCAAGUCGACGGGCCGGCCGUUUGACAAGCGCGACGUGGUUGUUGUCGACGAGAGUAACUACUCGAUCGUGCUGACGGCGUGGGGUGCGUCCGCGGUGGACUUUCCUGCGAAAGUGGGCGACGUGAUUGCGGCGAAGGGCGCGAAAGUGGGGGACUUCAACGGACGGUCGCUGUCGCUGCUGCAGAGCUCGACGUUGACGGUCAACCCGGACAUUCCGGAGUCGUUCAAGCUGCGCGGGUGGUACCAGUCCAGCGGGCAGUCUGCGGAGUUUAUGACGAUGCAGACGACUGCGGGGGCGAUGACGGGGCGGCCGGAGAACUUGAAGACGAUGCAGCAGGUGAAGGACGAGCAGAUUGGGAUGAACGACACGCCGGAUUACUUUUCGGUCAAGGGCACGAUCACGAAUAUCACUACCGACACGUUUGCGUACCCCGCUUGUCCGAAGGAAGGCUGCAACAAGAAAGUGAUUGACGAAGGCGGCAGCUGGCGGUGCGAAAAGUGCAACGCAAGCUACCCGGAGCCGUCGUACCGGUACGUGCUGCGGUUCAACAUCUCGGACCACACGGGGCAGCUGUGGCUGUCGUGUUUCGACGACGUCGGCCGGAUCGUGAUGGACAUGCCGGCCGACGACCUGCACGCGCUGCGGGACUCGGACCAUCUCGCGUUCCAGCGGCAUGUGGAGAAACGCAGCGCGCUGAUGUACACGUUCCGCGUGCGCAGUAAGGUGGACGUGUAUAACAACGUGACGAGAGCGCGGCAUUCGGCGAUGUCGGCUACGCCGCUUGACUUUGAGAAGGAGAGCAAGACUCUGAUUGAUGCUCUGAGCGCCAUGUCGGUGUAGGUGUUGCUGCUAUGUUUUGCUUAUUGAUUACUUGGAUUUGCUGAUUUUAAUUGUUAUUGUUUGAAUGUUUCAAGUUGACGUAUAAAUGCAGAUAUCAAAACCUAUAGCUUACCCCAAAUAAACCGAAGUAAUUGAAACAGACGACAAGCAGAAAAAGAAGAUGAAAUGCCUCUUAAUUUCCUGCUGCUGUUUUGCUUAUUGUUUUAUUUGUAUUUGUGUUAUUGUUAAAUACAUAUGUAUUAAGUUGAAGUAUAAAUAAAUGCGAAUAUCAAAGUCUAUAGUUACUCUUUAGACGACAAACGAUAAAAGCAGAUGAAACUGUUGCUUAAUUUCCAGA